AAAAGGAAAACAAAUUUAUUAUCCAAAAAAAAAAGAAAAAGAAAGCAGACUGCUUUGUUUUGUUCCCUCUCUCUAUCUAUCUCUCUCCAUCUCCGUCAUUCUCUCCCAAUCGGUCGACCAAAUUACGAAAACGCCACUCUCGGCACCAUACAAAAGCCACACUGCAAAUUCCUCCAUCUUCAUCUUCGAACAAAAGACAGCUAAGCUAGGGUUAGAUUCAGGUACAAGGGGAAUCAGAGCCGGCGGCGGGAUUGGAUCAUGAGGCGUGGAAAAGUAGAGGUGAAGCGGAUCGGCGACACGCAGAGUCGGCAGGUGGCGUUCUCGAAGCGACGCAAAGGAUUAUUCAAAAAGGCUCACGAGCUCUCCGUUCUGUGCGACGUCGAUCUUGCUCUCGUCGUCUUCUCCACCUCUGGCAAAACCUACGAAUUCUCUACCGGAAACAGUAUAAGCAAGAUCCUUGAGCGUCAUGGGAGCAAAUCGAAUUCACAAAAGAUUGCUUGUGGAAAUGAUCCAAAAGAAGAGUGUGCAGAUCCUAGGAAUGGUAACAGCAAUGUGCAGUCAGUUAAAAGAGCGUUUGAUAGCCUGAAUCUUGAACAGUUGAAUUCCAUUGACAUUGUUCAACUGGAGCAACUACUAAACCUUUCCCUGAGGCAAGUCCAAUAUUCAAAGGCACAACUGAUGAUGAAAUCAAUGGCAGUCCUCCAUAAAAAGGAAAAGAGGGUGGUGGAAGAAAAUCAGAUGGUGCAAAACGAAAAUCACAUUGGUGUCCAUAUGGGGAAUAAAGAGUUGAACAUUAUGGCAGUAGAUAGCUUCCAAACUUAUGAAGAUGAUGAUGAUGAGGGUUUCCACCAUGCUCCAAUUCAAAUGCUUGGCCUAGAGAAUGAAGAUGGUGGAGUGAGUUAUUACAGGGGAGGCUCUCUGUCUCUUUAAAAAAAUCUCACUGCUAUACAGACAAAACUAGUUGUUGUUUGUUGGUAUGAACAUUAUAUAUUUAGCUUCCUGUUUGUCCUUUUGGUUGUUUGAUGACUGCUUUUAUUGCAGCUCACACGUUCUAGUACUCCUACCAUUGCCCAAAUACUUUUCUAUGCAUUUUAAUAACUCUGUUAUGGGUUUGUUAUUUGAUGGGGAAUUGAAAUGGGCUAUCCCAGUUCCAGUUUGGCCCAUUCUUUUUAAGGUUGGGCUUUUUCUUUGUUC